AUGGAGACAUGUCAAGUGAGUGAACAGGGGGACCCAGCCCAGUGUCAGGGUCAGGUGGACCUGACAGAGGACCUGAGCAAGCAGCUAGAGGACAUCAUCAGUACCUACCAGGAGGCCAGUGAGGAGCCUGCUGAGCAGGAAGAGGUGGAGGAGGAGGUGCUGAAGGAGCAGGUCACCAAGAAGAGCUCCGCCAAGGACCAGAAACUAGAGAAGAAGAUGCUGAAAAGCCUUGGUGUGUUGUUGUUGUUGUUGUUGUUGUUGUUGUUGUUGUUGUUGUUGUUGUUAUUGUUCUUCUUCUUGUUCUUCUUGUUCUUCUUUUGUUCUAUUCAGCAUCAAUAGUGUUUAGUGUUACAGUGUAUCAAUAGUUAUAGUGUUAUUAACUGUACUGUAACAUUAUCUCUAUUCAGGCAAAGAGGCCAUGCUAUUGAUGCAGAGCUUGAACAAGCUUGGCACUCCAGAGCAAAAACUGGAGGCCAUCAUCAAGAAGCACGCUGAGCUGGUGAGUGGACCAUGCCAAAUUAUGCGCCAGAGGUAGUGUGCUGUGGUGUCUAGUAGGGAACUAGAUGUGAUCUUUGCCCAUGUACAUUUGUAUUAUCUGUUCAUGCUAAUUACGUUUUAUAUUAUUCGUAGUGAAGCAUAUAGUUAUAUUUAUCUAACUGGCUGCUAACCAGUACCAUAUCAUUAGUCUACACCUAUGUAGCAGUAUUUGCUUAUUCUACAUAGAUUUGUUUGUGAAGAAAUAAAAUGGUAUGUGUGUGUGUUGGUAGCUGGAGGAGCACCGGGGUGACCAGAAGCAGCUGAAGGUUCUGCAGAAGAAGCUUCUUCAGGUGAUGAAGGAGAAGGACCAGCUUCAGAGUGAACACAGCAGAGCCGUUCUGGCCCGCAGCAAACUGGAGUCCCUGUGUAGGGAGCUGCAGAGACACAACAAGACACUGAAGGUGAGCCUCUCGUUGUAGCAUAUACUGUAGGACUACAGUACCCAUACUGCUCUGUGUAACGUCCUAGGUGAGGCUCUCUUCUUACAGUCUACUGCCAACCAAACUUAAUCAAAUGCAUAUAUCAAAUACUACUUUUGCAUACCUAAACCUUGAUUUCAUUUGCGCUAUACAGUGGAACCAAUGGAAUAGUCCUGAAAGUUCAAACUCCAAGCUAAAUCAAGUGCAAACUCCAAGCUCAAAUACUGACCCAGGUCUAAUGCAACAACCAGUGGCCCUCACUAAGUUAAAUUUGUGUGGCAUGUGUAUGGUUAGGCUACAGUUAGGGCUCUAUUCAAUUUGUAAAGAUGAAGCGUUACAGAUUCCGCUGUUAGAAAUGUAAAGGUAAUUUCCGAUUGAGCUGACAUAUGCAGCGUUUCCCGUGAAUGCAGAACAUUGCCUUUCAAUUUCAAUGAUGCUGUAAAGCUGAACUUCCGGGAUGCGGAUUGAAUAGAGCCCUUAGUAUGUGCAUACACAGUCUGUGUGUCUGCUUCUAUGUGCAGCGACAUUACAGUACAUAUUUCCUUGCAUUAUGAGUAUAUCUGUGAGUGUAACUUACUGUGCAUCAGGUGUCUGUGAGUGUGAGAUGAAGAUACAUUGCACACAAGGUCCAACCUAAAUUUGACUUCCGCUUUUAACCCAACCCAUCCGAAAGACACACAUACAUAUAGAGGUUUUGGAGAGGUGCGGGGGGCUGCCACACUGGGCACUCAGGGAGCUGUUGUUGUGGGGGGUUAAGUGCCUUGCUGAAGAGCACAAUGACAGGCAAUGGUCAUAGGAUUUGAUACCAGCAACCCUCCGGUUGCCAGCUCACUUCCCGACAGAUUUUCUUUCCCGUCGGACCCGGGAUUCUAACUGGCAACCCACCGCUAGGCUACCUGCCGCCCAACUAACUGUGCAUCAUCCUGUAUAAUGUGAUCAUGCAGGAGGAGACCCUCCAGAGGUGCAGGGAGGACGACCUGAAGAGGAAGGACAUCACCACUCACUUCCAGAGCACGCUAACGGACAUCCAGGGCCAGAUCGAGGAGCACAGUAACCGCAACACCAAACUCUGUCAGGAGAACAGUGACCUGGCAGAGAAACUCAAGAGCCUCAUCUCCCAGUACGACGCAAGAGAAGCGGUAUGGGGCCUUUUUACAGAUGCUCUGGGCUGGAGCUUGUAGUGUAGUUUAAACUGAAUGUGUUUACUUAUAUCUGCAUGCUAUAAUAAUAAUAUAUUGAUUUUAUAUAGCGUUUUUCAAUACAACAAAACAAAUGUUACCAUGUGCGUCUCUCUAACAGUACGUCACAUUUUAUUUUAUUUUAUUAUUUCACCUUUAUUUAACCAGGUAAGCCAGUUGAGAACAAGUUCUCAUUUACAACUGCGACCUGGCCAAGAUAAAGCAAAGCAGUGCGAUAAAAACAACAACACAGAGUUACAUAUGGAAUAAACAAAACGUACAGUCAAUAACACAAUAGAAAAUCUAUAUACAGUGUGUGCAAAUGUAGUAAAUUAUGGAGGUAAGGCAAUAAAUAGGCCAUAGUGCAAAAUAAUUACAAUUUAGUAUUAACGCUGGAGUGAUAGAUGUGCAGAAGAUGAUGUGCAAAUAGAGAUACUGGGGUGCAAAUGAGCAAAAUAAAUAACAAUGUAAAUAACAAUAUGGGGAUGAGGUAGUUGGGUGGGCUAAUUACAGAUGGGCUGUGUACAGGUGCAGUGAUCGGUAAGCUGCUCUGACAACUGAUGCUUAAAGUUAGUGAGGGAGAUAAGUGUCUCCAGCUUCAGAGAUUUUUGCAGUUUGUUGCAGUCAUUUGCAGCAGAGAACUGGAAGGAAUGUCGGCCAAAGGAGGUGUUGGCUUUGGGGAUGACCAGUGAGGUAUACCUGCUGGAACGCAUACUACGGGUGGGUGUUGCUAUGGUGACCAAUUAUCUAAGAUAAGGCGGGGAUUUGCCUAGAAGUGAUUUAUAGAUGACCUGGAGCCAGUGGGUUAGGCGACGAAUAUGUAGUGAGGGUAGUAUAUGGGGCUUUGGUGACAAAACGGAUGGCACUGUGAUAGACUACAUCCAAUUUGCUGAGUAGAGUGUUGGAGGCUAUUUUGUAAAUGACAUUGCCGAAGUCAAGGAUCGGUAGGAUAGUCAGUUUUACGAAGGCAUGUUUGGCAGCAUGAGUGAAGGAGGCUUUGUUGCGAAAUAGGAAGCCAAUUCUAGAUUUAACUUUGGAUUGGAGAUGCUUAAUGUGAGUCUGGAAGGAGAGUUUAUGGUCUAACCAGACACCUAGGUAUUUGUAGUUGUCCACAUAUUCUAAGUCAGACCUGCCGAGAGUAGUGAUUCUAGUCGGGCGGGCGGGUGCAAGCAGUAUUCGAUUGAAGAGCAUGCAUUUAGUUUUACUAGCGUUUAAGAGCAGUUGGAGGCCACGGAAGGAGUGUUGUAUGGCUCUUAUUCUCCAUGGACUUUACAGUGUCCCAAAACUUUUUGGAGUUAGUGCUACAGGAUGCAAAUUUCUGUUUGAAAAAGCUAGCCUUUGCUUUCCUAACUGAUUGUGUAUAUUGGUUCCUGACUGCACAGGCGAGCAGGAGGCAUGGCUGUUGAUUGCGCGUGCUAGCGGGCCGGGGCUAGCAGAUGGAUCUUCGUGGUCGUCGCAACGGGAAGCCUGUUGAAACCACAUCAGACGAUUACGUCAGCAGACCAGUCGUGAUGGAUCGGCGGGGCUCUGUGUCGACACUGGGAGGUCCCAUCCGUUUGACAGAGAGGUAGAUAGCCGGGAGAUGGGCCUGGCUCGAGACUAGCUCAAGGCUAACUGGUACGUCGGGAAGUGGUGAUUAGCCAACAACAGCCAUUCGGUUGCAGCUAGCUAGUUGCGAAGGUCCGGUGUUAAGGUCCAGUGAUUCAGUGAUUCCGGCAGAAAAUCCGAUAUGCUCUGGGUCGAUAGCACGCUGUGCAGACUGGCCGAUAAUUGUCCAGGCUAGAGCUGGCUGGUAGGUAGUGCAGGCCACGGACAGUGGUGAAGACCGCUAACGGUGGCUAAUAGCAAGUAGCUAGUUAGCUGGCUAGCUGGCUAGUUUCAGCCGUAGGAUCUUGAUAAAAAGAAAGAAAUAAUAGAAUCCAUUCCACAUUGGGUGAGGCGGGUUGUAGGAAAGUAUAUUUAGUUAAUUGAUGGAAAGUGAGAUAUAGAAAUAUAUACGAAUAAAAGACAAAAAACUGGCUAUUUACACAAGGACACAACACAAUACUACGCCAUCUUGGAUCAGAUUUCAUACACAUUUCAAAUUCCUUAGCGACGGCAUUCAAUACUCAACUGAGAUAGAGACCCCCUCAGGCCCAUGCAACACCAGGAGUCAAUGUGUGAUGAGUCAAGACUCAAGAGCAUGCUCAGUUUUUCAUUUGUCUUACAUUUAUAUUUUAGUAAUUUAGCAGUGCAUUAAUCUUAAAAUAGCUAGGUGAGACAACCACACAUCACAGUCUUAGUAAGUAAAAUGUUCUUCAAUAAAGUAGCUAUCAGCAAAGUCAGUGCUGGUAAGAAAAUAAAAGUGUGAGUGUUAGUGCAAAGAAGGCAAGGUCAUUCAGUUUUUUUCACAGUGUUGUUAGGGUCUGAUAAGCUUGGCUCUGUUAAUUUUACACCAUCUCCUCUGCAUAAAUGUCAUAGUUCACCUUUCAAGUAAAAAUGUUUCUCGUGUCUUACUGUGGCUAUGUUGCGUCGAAUGUGUAAUGUUUGUCUCAGUGAAAGUGACCCAGUCUCCCUCUUCUUACCUUGCAGAACCUGGAAAAGGUAUUCAAACAUCGAGACCUGCAGCAGAAGUUGUUGGAAACCAAACUUGAACAAGCAAACAUGAUCAUUAAAGAGGGAGAGGAGAAGCACAAGCGUGAGAGGGAUCAUGUAAGUUAGCAUCUUUCAGCAAGUCUUGACUGACUUAAUUGAUGUUAUACAAUUUAAGAUAUUUUAUUCAUAUGUAUUUGUUAUGUAAGAGUUUUUAAUCACAUGUUCAGUUUAUUUGUAUACUGUAUAAUAUAUAGAUCAGUGCAUGGAAUAAGUUAGACACUAACAUAAAAUAUUUUCAAUGAGAAAUUCUAUUCAGUGAUAAAGUAAAGAAUUAGCAACAUCUUUUUUUUAAUACAUUUUAUUUUUCCAAAGUUGAUAAAUAAGGCGGCACAGUCGCAGGUGAAGGUGCAGAUUCUGAAAGAGCAAGAGGAAGGGAUGCAGGCCCAGGUAAACAGAGACUGUCUCUCUGUCUCAAGUCUCUCUCUGUCUGUAAUGUAUUUUUUGUUAUGUGUCGGACUGUGUAAGACUAGCUGUCGCCAUUGGCAUUGGCUAAUAGGUGGUAAGGGUAGGUAACAACACAUCCGCCACGCUGAUCCUCAACACAGGGGCCCCUCAGGGGUGCGUGCUCAAUCCCCUCCUGUACUCCCUGUUCACUCAUGACUGCAUGGCCAGGCACGACUCCAGCACCAUCAUUAAGUUUGCAGAUGACACAACAGUGGUAGGCCUCAUCACCGACAACGACGAGACAGCCUAUAGGGAGGAGGUCAGAGACCUGGCCGUGUGGUGCCAGGCCAACAACCUCUCCCUCAACGUGAUCAAGACAAAGGAGAUGAUUGUGGACUACAGGAAAAAGAAGAGGACUGAGCACGCCCCCAUUCUCAUCGACGGGGCUGUAGUGGAGCAGGUUGAGAGCUUCAAGUUCCUUGGUGUCCACAUCACCAACAAACUAACAUGGUCCAAGCACACCAAGACAGUCGUGAAGAGGGCACGACAUAACCUAUUCCCCCUCAGGAGACUGAAAAGAUUUGGCAUGGGUCCUCAGAUCCUCAAAAGGUUCUACAGCUGCACCAUCGAGAGCAUCCUGACUGGUUGCAUCACUGCCUGGUAUGGCAACUGCUCGGCCUCCGACCGCAAGGCACUACAGAGGGUAGUGCGUACGGCCCAGUAGAUCACUGGGGCCAAGCUUCCUGCCAUCCAGGACCUCUAUACCAGGCGGUGUCAGAGGAAGGCCCUAAAAAUUGUCAAAGACUCCAGCCACCCUAGUCAUAGACUGUUCUCUCUGCUACCGCAAGGCAAGUGGUACCGGAGCGCCAAGUCUAGAUCCAAGAGGCUUCUAAACAGCUUCUACCCCCAAGCCAUAAGACUCCUGAACAUCUAAUGAUUUGGCUGCCCAGACUAUUUGCAUUGCCCCCCCCAACCCUCUUUUACGCUGCUGCUACUCUCUGUUUAUUAUCUAUGCAUAGUCACUUUAAUAACUCUACCUAAAUGUACAUAUUACUCCAAUUACCUCGACUAACCGGUGCCCCCGCACAUUGACUCGGUACCGGUACCCCCUGUAUAUAGCCUCGCUAUUGUUAUUUUUACUGCUUCUCUUUGAUUAUUUGUUACUUUUAUUUAGUAUUACUUUAUAUUGUAUUUUUUUGUGUGAUUUUAUUUGGUAUUCUUUCUUAAAACUGCAUUGUUGGUUAAAGGCUUGUAAGCAUUUCACUGUAAGGUCUACCUACACCUGUUGUAUUCGGCGCAUGUGACAAAUAACAUUUGAUUUGAUUUGAUUUAAUAGGGAUCCUAAUAAAAUAAAAUAAACAUCUCUGUCUCUCUCUCUGUGUCUCUCUCUUUCUCUCUAUCUUUUACACAUUAAAAUGUCAAAUUUCUCCCUCCAGUUGUCCAUGUACUCUGAGAAGUUUGAUCAGUUCCAGGGGACUGUGUCGAAGAGCAACGGCGUGUACGCCUGCUUCAAACAGGACAUGGAGAAGGUAGCCUAAGUCUUGCUUUCCGUAUAUUACUAUCUCCUAUAAUGAUGACCUUAUCUAUGAUCUUAUAUGAGGUCGAUUUUGUUGCCAUGGCACAAAUACAUUCUCUUUGUUUACUCUUCGAUUUAACUGACAAACUUUAAAAUGUGAUGGGUUUUGUCUUGUAGAUGACCAAGAGGAUGAGGAAGCUGGAGAAGGAGUCUAUUCAAUGGAAAAGCCGUUUCGAGGGCUGCAACAAGGCUCUUAUUGAUAUGCUCACAGACGUAAGAUACCAUACACAUAGAAUACACUUUUCACCCAUUUUUUUUAUGUUACUUUUACGUUCACCCUCUGUCAAAUACAUGAAAGACAAACAGGCAACAAAGAGUUAAAUAUGACUCUUCUUUGACUCAUGGUGGAGAUAGUCGCUGCAUACCAAAUGCACCCUAUUCCCUAAUGCACCACUCUUGACCAUAGCCCUAUUAACUAUAUGCACUAUAUAGGGAAUAGGAUACCGUUUGGAAUGAUACCUAUGAGUGAUCUUUAUGAAUCUCUGUACUGAUUUUUACCCUGUAUCUUUCUACUCCAUUCAGAAAACCCUGAAGGAAAAGGAGUUUGAGCUCUUCACCCUGAAGACCCAGAAGCUGGAGAAACUGUGCCGGGCACUGCAGGAGGAGAGGAACAGUCUCUCUCAUAAGCUUCAGGAAGCUAAUCCAGCGGCUGCCACCAAUGUAGCUGAGACAAAAGAAAAUGAGACAAAGGAGAAGGAGAACCCAGAGGUACCUGUUGCUGAGAAGCCCAGUGAGACACCCUCUGAAAACUCCUCUACUGAAAGCCCUGCUCACGAAAUACCUGUUGCUACAGAAACCCUUGCAGUCAUAACUCCUGCUCCGGAAAAACCCGCUCUUGCAACACACCUGACCAGCGAGCUGGACAACCUGAAGGCCCAGAAGGCCCGUCUGCAGGAGAUUCAAAUGUCGUUCACCCUUUCCAAUGUUGUGCCACCUGAGUUCUUUGACAAUGAGGAAGAGGAGGAGACCACCACAAAGCCACAUGGACACACUGAGGCCCCAGAGGUCAGUAGCGAGGCCACCAAUGCCCCAGAGGUCAGCAGCGAGGCCACCAAUGCCCCAGAGGUCAGCAGCGAGGCCACCAAUGCCCCAGAGGUCAGUAGCGAGGCCACCAAUGCCCCAGAGGUCAGUAGCGAGGCCACCAAUGCCCCAGAGGUCAGCAGCGAGGCCACCAAUGCCCCAGAGGUCAGCAGCGAGGCCACCAAUGCCCCAGAGGUCAGCAGCGAGGCCACCAAUGCCCCAGAGGUCAGUAGCGAGGCCACCAAGGCCCCAGAGGAACAUCACAUAGAGGGGUGUAAUGGAGACAAGAUGACAGAGGAGACCACCGGCCCUUCUUCUUCUUCUCCUGCAGUAGCUGAAAGAGACGAGGCCCAGGAGCAGAGAGAUAGGGAACUGGAGACAGUUGACUAG